AUGCAAUAUAACCAUCCCUUUUUUUUUCUCCCUUUUGCUUCUUUAUAUUUAUAUUAUAAAAACAUCUUCAUUGUCACGCGCCCUUAAUUAUGCUAUUUUUAUGUAACGUAUAACAAAACUGGAAUGGAAACAAGACAGUCCAAUAAAAUGCUUCCUAGACUAAGUCUUCAUAAGAUUGGUUUGUCUUAUUCACAAAGCACAAAUGAUUGGUAGAUCUUUCAAAACAAUUUCCCCACAGCAACCUUUGAAGUAGCCUACUAUAUAUUCCCCCUUUCAAAACACUUUGGAUUUUACCUCAGAGAUUUCAGUUGUUUCAUGAUCACGUUAUAGUAUUCGCUGAACCUUUGGUUUAAAUCUACCCUGUCUUUAUCAACCUGUUCACAAUGUUUUUCUAUCCUACGGUGCUCAAUCAUCGGACUGGGUGCUUUGCCACGAUAUGGUUGGCGGCCACUAAAGGACGAAAGAUCAGUCGGAGAGAUAUGCUCAAAGUCAAUGUCCAGCGCACUUGCCAUGACAUCUUGAAUUACGUAUUGGUCAGAGUCCCGCCCCCGCUGCCAGGAUUGCCCCGCCCCCGGUUCGCCCUGUACCUGUCCUCUCAGCUCCAGUAUGGAGUGGUGCUGGUCUACCACAGACAGUGUGAAUUUUUGUUAGAGGACACUCAGGUGGCAAUUGAUAGACUCCUCCGCCUUAACCGGAAUACUAAGAUUGAUUUGAUGGAUGAAGAAACCAGGCAGAGUCACAUGAUCCCUGAUGCUGCUGCCCUUUUUGAUGAAACCGAGGGGGCGAGGGAUCCGUUCUUCGGGGUUAUGGAUAGCGGCUACAGCCUGCCGAGUCCAAGCAGUCUCAUUCAGCGAACGGAAGAGGUGUCACCACAGCAUGUGUCGCCUGCUAGAGAAAAAUCACCACCCUCAGAUGGCAUCACAGCCAGUCAGGAAUCCAUCACUCUGACUGAACGUGAACCAGUCGUCCUGCCUGAGCCAGAGUUUGAAGGAGCAGAUCUGCUGGAGUCCAACCUGGUGGAACUACUGCUGGAGCAGCCCGAAGGUUUCUUUGAGCGUGAAGAUGAGAGGCAGCUGGAGAUAGACAGAGAAAGAGAGCAGAUAGAGAGAGUGACAGAAGAGCCGAGGAUGCCUGAUGAAAGAGAGCAAGAGAGAGCAGCACUUGAGAGAGAGGCAGCAAGAGAUCUGACAACAUCAGCCUCUUUAGAUCUGGCACAAAUCACUGGCGCAUCAAGCCAGGAAGUUGUCCUUCUGCCUGAGGAGGAUUUGGGGCUUCCCAUGGAGAUACCUGUGUUAGAGGAAAGAGAAAGGACGCCAGUAUCUGCGCCUGUACCCAUACCGUCGCCUCCGCCCGGCGAACAUGAGGAAAUGACCGCUGAACCCGAAAGAGAGAGGGCGCCUGCUGUAGUGAGGCCUGAAUCUCCUAAAGUGCAGAGGAAGAGGAGGAGACAGCUGCUCUUCAUCGAUGAACAUACACAGAUAUCUCAAGAGGAAAUGAAGGCCCAGAUUGAUAAUGUGGAGACAGAGACCAGGCCUUUGGCGACACUCAUCAAACCCCGCUUUGAAAAAAAGGCUGCUAAAGAACUGCUCGGAAACCCUUGCAUGAGCCUUCCACCUGAUAUCCUGCCGCUAUGGAAACAGGCCGCGGUCGUGAGGCGCAUCCCUCCAUCCUGGCCGCGCUGGGACCUUCCCGCAGCUGAGGAAAUACCAGAGAGAGAAGACGAAAGACCAGAACCAGCAGUGAGAGAAGAGGAAAGACCAGAACCAGCUGAGAGAGGAGAGGAAAGACCAGAACCAGCUGAGAGGGCAGAGGAGAGCGAGCUCAGCUCAAGAGAGGUCUACUUCCUCUAA